GCAGACAGAACGUCAAAAUGGCGGACCUACUAUUGACUGUUUUCGGAUACAGCUCUUGACAGAACUCUAAAAGUUUACUCUAACUCUUAAAGUUUAUUCACGCUUUUUUAACGACAGAAACACCAACAAGCUAGCCGCUAUGACUCUGUGCGGAAACUGUGUCUUUGGUGUUUUGUUGUGUUUGUGUUUCGGAGUUUUAUCCAUGUUUACCUCAGUUCAUGGAUCAUUUCAUGUCUCUGGGUCAGUCAGUCUCAGUCUGACUGGUAAAUGGAGUCUGUGUAACGAUAACGGUUCGGUGUGUCUGCCGGCGGAGGUUCCUGGAUGUGUUCAUUCAGCUCUGCAGCGACAGGGAUUCAUACAGGACCCAUAUUUCAGGUUCAACGAUGUGUCUUAUAGCUGGAUCUCUUUUGACAACUGGACGUACACGACCACGUUCACUGUCUCGACCCAGCUGAGGACCAAACAGAAGGUGCUGCUCGUCUUCGAUGGUGUCGACACUGUAGCAUCAGUUUGGCUCAAUGGAGUCGUCAUCGGGAAGACGGACAACAUGUUUCGUAGAUAUGACUUCUCAGUCAGAGACUCUCUGCAGGACGGGAGCAAUGUGCUGAAAGUGAGCUUUAUGUCUCCAGUUGUUUAUGCGUCUGAGCGGAGGAAAGCUCACUCUGCCUACAGAGUUCCUCCUGAGUGUCCUCCAGAUGUCCAGAAGGGCGAGUGUCAUGUCAAUUUCAUCAGGAAAGAGCAAAGCUCUUUCAGUUGGGACUGGGGACCUUCGUUCCCCACGAUGGGACUGUGGAAGGGAGUACGACUGGAGGCGUUUGAUGUCCUGCAGCUCACCCACGUUUCCUCUGUUCCUCUUCACGAUUCCAGCCUGUCUCAGUGGAGGGUCCAGGUUGAGCUCCUUGUUGAUGCGGUUCAGACGACGAAUGGCCAGAUCACACUCUCCAUACCUGAGCUGGACUCAGAGCAGAGCUUCUACACACAGUUUCUCCCGGGACAGACCAAGAACAGCUUCACCUUACACCUCAACACGAGUAACCAGGUGAAGCUGUGGUGGCCCAACGGACACGGUGACCAACCUUUUUACCAACUCACUGUCAGAGGCUUACAGGAUGGAUUUAUGAUCCUGAACACAACGUCUAAGGUUUAUUUUCGGACGGUAGAACUUGUCCAGGAGCCAAUCGUCGGGUCUCCAGGCCUGAGCUUUUAUUUCCGCAUCAAUGGGAAACCAAUUUUCCUCAAAGGCUCCAACUGGAUCCCAGCGCACUCCUUCCAGGACCAGGUCACCCCUGCUGUCUUGAGGAACUUGUUGCAGUCAGCCGUGGACGCGAGCAUGAACGCUCUCAGGGUCUGGGGAGGAGGAGUGUACGAGCAGGAUCUGUUCUACAGCAUCUGUGAUGAGAUGGGAAUCAUGAUUUGGCAGGACUUCAUGUUUGCCUGUGCCAUGUAUCCCACUGAGGAUGACUUCAUUCAGACAGUCAACGAAGAGGUCGUCCAACAGGUCCAGCGCCUCAAGUCUCAUCCUUCCAUCAUAAUUUGGAGUGGGAACAAUGAAAACGAAGCUGCUCUGGCGACAGACUGGUUCAACAUCCCAGUUUCCCAGAGGCCCAUUUACCUGAAGGACUACGUGACUCUGUAUGUGAACAACAUACGGCGGAUAGUUCAACAGGAGGACCACAGUCGCCCGUUCCUCAUCUCCAGUCCGACAAACGGAGCUGAAUCGGAGCAGGAGAGCUGGGUGGCAGCGAACCCCUACGACCCUCACUAUGGAGACACACACUUCUACAGCUACACCCUGGACUGCUGGGAUUGGAGGACUUUCCCUCGGACACGUUUCGCCUCUGAAUAUGGCUUCCAGUCCUGGCCUUCAUUCUCCACUCUGCAGCCGGUUUCCAUAAAAGAAGACUGGAGCUACAACAGUAACUUCUCCUCCCAUCGUCAGCACCACCAGGAUGGAAACGAGCAGAUGUUGCAGCAGGCUGCGUUACACUUCCUCCUGCCGAACUCCACAGAUCCUCUGAAGAGAUUUACAGACACUCUCUACGUCACUCAGGUCAUGCAGGCUGAGUGUGUGAAGGCUCAGACGGAGUUCUAUCGGCGAAGUCAGAGUGAGAUCGUUGAGGGCAAAGGUCACACGAUGGGCGCCCUGUACUGGCAGCUCAACGAUAUUUGGCAGGCGCCCUCGUGGUCGUCUAUCGAGUUUGGUGGGAAGUGGAAAAUGCUGCAUUAUUUUGCACAGAACUUUUUCUCUGCCGUAUUGCCAGUCGGCUUCAAGGAUGACGACACGCUGUUCAUCUACGCCGUCUCAGACCUGAGUUACAACCUGACGCUCAGAGCUGUGGUGUCCGUGUACUCCUGGUCUGAUCUGGAUCCAGUCUGCACGCUGAAGUCCGACCUGCUCCUGGUCCGCGGAGGCAGCGCUGCAACCGUUUUUAAACAGCCAGUCGCCGCCCUGCUGGCAGGAUGUGGACACUGCACCCACCUCACCUGCCUGCUCACCUUCCACCUGGAGGACAGCACCGGCGCCCAGCAGGGUCCCACCAACCACCACUUCCUGUGCUCACCCAAAGACACUCAGGGGCUGCAGAGACCCAACAUCACAGCCAAAGUGCAGCAGGAUCAGACCGGCUACAGCGUCACCCUCCACUCUGCCUCUGUUGCUCCUUUCGUCUGGCUCGAUGUGGGAAACAUCCCCGGACGCUUCAGCUCCAACGGCUUCCUGAUGGUUUCUAGAAACAGGACAGUCAGUUUUACCGCUUGGCGUCCGACCAGCGUUGUAGAACUCUCCAGAUCCCUCACCGUCACGUCUUUAAGGGACGUAUACUGACCUGAGACCAGCUGGUCUACAUGUGGAGGUGGGACAACGUGCAGAGGUGAUAGGUGGGAAAAGAUGGAGCACAGUGUCCUGGAUCUGAACAGGUCCUUUUUAAAGAGACACUAUGAUACAGGAGUGACCGGAGAUGGAGGACUCGAGUCACAUGACCUGACUCGUAGAAAGUAGAAAGUGGCACGAGAAGAGAAGACUCAGAUCUGUGCUGACAGUAUCUGAGUAAAUGCAUUUAGUUACAUUCCACCACUGGGAACAGAUCAUCUUAUUUUAUCUCCAGGAGUUUGUGAUGACUUGACAUGUGACUUGUAGCAGGGACUCAACACGCUUGAUUUUCUCCACAGUGACUUGGGACUUGCACAGGUGUGACUCACUCCCACCUCUGGGACUGACUCUUGUGGAUUUUUGAGUGUGUGGAAGAUAUUUUUGGAGGAGAGUUAAAACUUUGUGCCAGUUUUCUAAAUGUUUGCCAAAGAAAAAAGAAGAGAGCAGAGAAUCCUGUGAUCAUAUUAAUGCAGCAGGUUGGUGUGAAAGUCUAACGAGCAAGUGACGUUAGCAACACCAGCAGUUUGCUCAUCAGCAGGUGCCUGAGAAGUGUGUGUUUAAUAACAUAUGUCUGUAUCACUGUGCAGACCUGCCUAUUAUAAAGUACCUAAAUAAUGUCGGGGAAA